AGGGGCGCGGGCGUUCUCCCAGCAAGAAUAAAGUGGACCGGUCUUCAAAGCUCAAGUUGCAAGCGGGCAAGGGUGAGCUGGACUUUCUCGAUGAAGAUGAUCCAGAUUUCAAAGUGCAUGAACGCGCAGACCGAAAUGGCCGUAGCAGAAGUCCCAGAUUCUUUCACGUGUAUGAAUUGCAAAAGCAUCGUACUCCUAUACUAAUGCAUAUAUACAAAUAUUAUUUGUAUGAGAAAUAGAAUUUCUAUUGCGGAUAAAAAUUUACCUUAAGAAAAAGAUAAUUUGUACUGCAUGGUUGCAAUUCCAAUUACUACGAGUGCGAUGCCUUUGCAGUUCAUAGCGUGAGCGAAAAAGAUGUGGCAGAACGCCAGCGCCAGCAGCGAGAACAAAAGGCACCCAGGGCGUAUCCGGGUGGCCGUCCGGACAUCAAGAACUACCCCUUGCAGCCGCUGCCUGCGAAUUAUGUGCCACGGCCGCUAGUCUUCGCGGGAGCAACUACGACAAGCGCAGGAGCAGCAGCUGCUGCUUCCUCCUCCUCGUUUAUCGCUCCUCCUUCCGGUUCCGCGACAAACAACCACUUUGGGAUGAGCGAGGCAGCGCAGAAGCAAAUGGCAGAGCGCGAAAUCCUUGACGCGAAAUUGUUGAGACAGAACGAGAAGACGUCGGCCUUGCGGGACGGUCAAUCUCGACUGGGUGACGGGUGGCGCGACGGUGACUCGGAGGAUCGCGGUCUCACCCCUUCUGGUGCUGCGCUCGCAGCAUAUAAAGCAAAACGGGAUGAGACGAUGAAACGGAAGGCAGUGUCCCCAGUCCGCCCAAAGAGCACGUGGAGGGGUGGGAGCAAAGUGAAAGGCAGGCGGGGAAGAUCCCUCAGUCCGCCCGUCCAGGAGCAUUUGCGGGGAAAUCAUACCAAUAAACCUCUUGCUGCGUCUUCCUCCUCCACUGGCGCUAAUCGAAUUGCGGAUCAUCAACGUGGGCCCCUGCGCCGUUCAUCCCGGUCUCGAAGUCGCAAUCGCGGCGGCGGCGGGGAUCGAUAUCCUGUGAAAAAACGUCCCCACACCGUAGUCAAGUACUUAAUGGUAAAUUUGCAACAGAAAUGAUCUCCAAGCUCUGGGAGUUCUGCAUGACAAGCCUGGCCUCGUAGUGUAGUCCUGUUUUGCUAGUGCAGCAGCGUCACAGAUCUAGCACAUCGCGCUGAUUGGAGCGUGACAAAUUCCGAAACACAAAAAGAAAACGCCUCUCAUGGGGCUCCGCAUGGGAAGUAUUUUCAACAUGCAGAUUUGCAUGACAACUCUGGGGUCGUGGGGAUGACGUUUUUACUCAGGAUAACCGAGGAGACAACAUGAUCCGUAGGAGGAGCCCGGCUCCGGACAAUAGACAUCUUGGCGGUCGUUGUUACCGAGCACCAAGUCGAAGUCCUUCCGUGAUCAACCGACCAGGUCGAAGUCCUUCCGUGAUAAGACCAAAUAAAAGUCGAAGUCCUUCUUCCGCGAUAAACCGACCAAACGGACGGGGCGGAAGCAAAGUGAAAGAUAAGAAGACCACACCCGUACAUCUCCUUGGCGGCCGAAGUAGUAAGGAGCGCGUCAACAGCGCUUCGAAUAACGUCCGCGAAGAUGGUGGCAAGGAAAGUAAGGUGAAGCAACGCAGCCUGCCCCGGGAACCGAGAGGUGGUCGAAGUAGCAAGCUGAAGGAUAAUAAUAAGCCGAGAGGUGGAGGCCGAAGCAAAGAAAAGGACACAACGUCUAUCGAGACCAACUACAACACUACUUUUGCGGGCGGAGGCAAUAAAGUUGCCAAAAACCACAACGACGGCCUUGCCAAGAAUCCGAAAAGACCGGUGUCUCUGUCGUGGGGAGAUGAUGGACGAGGUGAAACAAGCUUAUGCACUGCAAAAGUAUCGUACUAGUAUAAAUUGCAUUACAAAUUAGCCCAGCAUGAUUACAAAUUGAAUUUGUCAUUGUGAUUUCCCUUGAGAGAGAGAUUUGUAAUGCAUAAAUGCAAUUACUACGAGUGCCAUACUUUUACGCAGGAUAAAGCUCUCCUCGCAACAAGAACGAUCGCUCCUCGCACGACAUUCUGGGCGGCCCAGGCCCGUCGCGUUACUCCAGCAGGGAGAAGGAACACACCAACAAACGCCCGAGGAGCCCGAGCAAACGGCACGACGACCAGCUACGAGAGUUGUAGUUGUGCUGAACCUCCCCUUCAACUUCAUUUGAACAAACGCAUAUUUAUUAGAAGCCACACAAGUUGUUUUAGUGGCACAGAAGUGGGUCAUCUCCCGCAUGUAAAAUCCACCGAACAAGGACAACAAUUCUAGCACUGUUUUUUUCUCUACAACUCGAGGAACAGAGAACUUGUCAUGCGACCAAUCUAUCAACAUCGUCAUCACGCAAAGUGCUCAUCUUUUCAACUUUGAAAGCUAUCAAAUUUUGAAAAGAUGCUCUUUCUGCAUCUUUUCAAAUUUUGAUAAGUGGCUUCUCACUUUCCAAAUUUUGAAAAGAUGUUUCCUUCAGCAUCUUUUCAAAAUUUGACAACCUCCUUGGCAACCUCUUUGAUGAGGUCUCCCAAGAGGCUAUUAACUUAAGCUAUUCCGCAUGGUAUGGUGGAUUUUGAUGAACCUAUUUGGGAACCCUCCUUGGUGCGCCCAGACAGAGAAUUGCUGACAAAAGUCCAAGGCUUUGACUUGCGCUCCAGCUGGCGGGUCGCCAGAUGGUAAGCAAAGCCGUGCCUCUGGCGACACCUGUUUGCUUGCCUCUUUUGUGGCUCCGAAGAUUGCGAAGAUGCCCCCUCAGCAAGUUUGCGAAUUUUGAAAGCCACGCAGAAGAGUAGGCUGCCCACCCUUUCCGCGGCUGUCGAAAUUUGAAAAGAUGCGCUGGUAGCAUCUUUUCAAAUUUUGGAAGCCACAGAAGACUGAGCUGACCUCCCUUUGCGUGGUUUCUCAAAUUUGAAAAGAUGCUCCUUCGGCAUCUUUUCAAAUCCUGAAAGCCACAGAACAGCCAGCUGCCCUCCUCGUCUGCGGCAUGUAAAAUUUGAAAAGAUGCUCCUUCAGCACCUUUUCGAAUCUUGGCAACCUCAGGACAGAAAACGGAUCGGCUCUUCUGCGGCUUCGAAGAUUGAAAGGAUGCUCCUUUAGCAUCUUUUCGAAUUUUGAAAACCACAGACGAGUAAGCCGACCCCGCUUUCUGCGGCUUCAAAAAUUGAGAAGAUGCUCCUAGAGCAUCUUUUCAAAUUUUGAAAAGCACAGAAGAGCAGGCGACCCGCCUCUUUUGCGCCUUUUGAAAUUCGAAAAGAUGUUCCUUCAGCAUCUUUUCAAAUCCUGGAAACCACAGAAGAGUAAACUGCUCGGGUCUCUUGUGGCUUCGUUAUGGCAAAGAUGCUCCUUCAGCAUCUUUUCAAAUUUUGCAGGCCAAAGGCCACGCGCUUCAGAUGUGAAAAGAUGCUGAAAGGGCAUCUUUUCAAAUCUCAAGAACCACCGGUGCCUUUCCCUACCUGCGCAAGCAGAGGUGCGCUCAGGCUCCAUGGCCUCAUAUGAUUGGGGGGCUCGUUUGGGUGGCUUUUCUCUUUGGGGUGGUUGGCUUGCGUUUCUGCCCCGGGCCUCGGGGCAGAAAUAGAACAGCCCUGCUUAGCGCGUUUGCAAAGGCGGACGCGCAGCCGCCAUCGAAGAGGCGCUACGCGAUGAUAGGUGAGGGCGCCGAGCAAUCAACUGGCCAAAAUUUCAAAGAUGGGCGAAAAGGUGGAUAUUUUAGGGCCUUCAUUUUUUUCUCUACAACUCGAGGAACAGAGAACUUGUCAUGCGACCAGACCCUAAGAGUGAGAAGUGGAUUUGAUAUUUGGCAUGACAUCACACGAUGAGCGGAAGGGAGAGUAGUUCUUGUGCACCUUUGAUACCAGCCCAAGAAGUAUCAAAAGACAGACGACGAGUGGUGGGCGAGGGCGUGGGAUGAAACGCCGGAAAAAGAUCGAGACGACAACAAAAGUGGCGGACCUGCUGGAUCCUCCUCCUACAACAGGGUCCUCCCCAAUAGUAGCCGGUACGGGAACGGGAACAACAACAACAACCGCGAGCCAAAGGUGGUGGACAAAAGUUCAGGUUACUGCGACUGGUAG